AUGGACCACAACGACCCGCACGAAGAAGAGCCCCUCCAGACAGUUCGGCCGGUGCACAAGAACAACCUGUUCCCCACUCUCUACGCACCCGUCGCCCACGUUGUCAUCAAUUCUGACCCCAGCAAUGGCAAGAAAAUCAUCCUCUGGGAGGAUAUCCUGCAGGCGUUCAAGGAUGCAUCUCACCCUAGACAUGGCACCAAGAUCCUACCGUUUCUGAAGAGCUGUGACUUCAAAUGUCUCGAACCCCUUCGUUUCAAUGCCGUCCCAAACGAUAUCAUAGACAUUGUGGUCGAUGGCCAGUUCACCUCCACAGACCCGCCUCCAGUCCAGUCUACAUUUGACGAGAUUGCAAGUCAAGCCUCACAAUACCCAAAAUAUGACCCUCUCGACUCACUACGCCCCCCAAAUGCUCUGCGGGAUCCGAGGACGCUUUCUUCAUCAAGCACCUACUCGUAUGAAAUCCCCAAUUACAGGACAAUGCCCACCCCGUCGUUCUGGAACCAGAUGCAGGCGCCUACUCAGCUUACUCAGCAUACACGAGUGCCUUAUCAUCAACCCCGGGCUACACCUUCUCAUCCCCCUGCCUCACGUCCUCCUGCUUCGCGUCCUCCUACUUCUCGACCUGCCCCAACACCUAAACCCCGGCCUCGCAUGGACGCCAAAGAAGCGUUCAGGAGGAUCAUUCUCCACAUCGACUUGGUUGCACUCGAGGAGAAGGGCGAGGGUACGCCAGAGGAGUUUACAAAGGCGCUGGAAUGCUACUUGAAGGAAGUUUGUCGUGGCCACGGGCACGCACAUCUGAGUGUGGGUGAACUCUUUGCCCAAGGUAAAGACGUUGUGCUAGACGAGUCCAGAGCGUUCGAGUGGUACCUAAAGGCGGCUUAUCAAGGCAAUGCCGUUGCCCAGCGCAAGAUCUCUCGUCUCAUCUUUAACCAGCCCAAUCGCUCGGCUGCAGCUCCUGAGGCCAUCUUGGGCAGUUCCGGCAAAGAUUCGUCAACGGAUUCGAAUGCCAUGUCCUGUGCAGAGACCUAUAUGGAGGCUCAGAGCACGCCGGCAGAGAUAUGUGUGGAAACGCCUUUGGCGAGACAGGAAACGGCUGUAGAGACUCAAGACCCAACCGUAAUGACACAAGAGGAAUCCCCUAAUGAUACGUCUGCAACGACUCAGGACACGACAGAUGAGACGCUUAUUGACACAUCUACUGAGACAGACACAAAAUGGGAGCAGUCAUCUCAAAUGUCAGACGAUGACUUUAUCGACAUGUUGCCAGUGCACCCCGACCAGGCUGACGACGAAGAUGUUGCUACUCCUACGCCCAGCACAUGUACGCCUACAACCAGCGCUCCCACAGUCAUCCCCCCCAAAGCCAGCGCUCCAGUUGCUAGAGCGCCUCAAUCCUAUGGUCUGGACGAAUGUGACUUGCCAACGCCAGCUCAGAACCCAGUCAAGAAUGAAAAUCCUAGUCCUCCUCAACUCAACACUAACAGCUUUGAGCAGACCCUUGCCAACGCAGAAUACGGCGACACAGAGGCUCAAGUCAGGCUGGGGCUGAUGUACAUGCAGGCAGAUGAUCGUGGCCAGUACGAACACGCAGUAAGAUGGUUCUUCAAGGCGGCUCUUCGAGGAGACUCAGAGGGCCAGCGUCAUGUAGGCGAGAUGUUCAUGAAGGGACUGGGCGUGCCGCAGGACUACAAGGCAGCGAUGUACUGGUUGAACGAGGCAGCUGAACAAGGGAACGGCAAUGCUCAAUUCCUGAUUGGAAAUCUGUACGGCGCGGGCCAGGGGGUGCCCAAGAAUUACUUUCUGGCAAGGGCAUGGUACCUCAGGGCGGCCAAUUUAGGACAUGUCGAGGCCCAGAACAUGAUGGGGUUCCAGCAUGAGAUGGGGUUAGAGAUGCCUAGUAACCUGGGGUUGGCGUUGGAGUGGUACGUCAAGGCUGCGCGGCAGGGGCAUGUUGGAGCAAAGGAGAGCGCUGCCAAGCUGAGGAAGGAUGAGCAGCUCAAGAGCAAGCGUUCGUUUCGGGGCGCGUUACGGAAGAUAUUUUCGUAG